AGCAGUGGCAACCGCAGCAGGAGGACCCGCCGCCCCAUAACCCCCCCCCGCGCGCCACCCCCGCCGCCCCCUCUGCUUGGGUGCUUCUCCGGCCUGACUUCCCCUUUCUCCCACCUUUCCCGACACCGCGGGAAAAGCAGCGCAGCGCAGAGAAGGCAGGGAGGGCGGCCGGAGCCCGGACACGGGAGCCUCCCAGUCAGUUCAAGACCCGACAUGAGGGAAAAGGGCCGUAGGAAGAAGGGCAGGACCUGGGCGGAGGCCGCCAAGACGGUCUUAGAAAAAUACCCCAAUACACCCAUGAGUCAUAAAGAAAUUCUUCAAGUUAUCCAGAGAGAAGGACUAAAAGAAAUCAGAAGUGGGACUUCCCCUCUUGCUUGCCUGAAUGCAAUGCUGCACACCAACUCCAGAGGGGAAGAGGGCAUCUUCUACAAGGUUCCAGGUAGAAUGGGAGUAUAUACAUUGAAGAAAGAUGUGCCGGAUGGGGUGAAAGAGCUAUCAGAAGGUUCAGAAGAAAGCAGUGAUGGUCAGUCAGAUUCCCAGAGUUCUGAGAACAGCAGCAGCAGCAGUGAUGGUGGCAGCAACAAGGAGGGAAAAAAGAGCAGGUGGAAAAGGAAAGUAUCUUCUAGAUUGUCACAGCCAUCCUCCCCCCAGUCAGGCUGUCCAUCUCCCUCCAUUCCAGCAGGUAAAGUCAUUUCUCCAUCACAGAAGCAUACCAAGAAGGCACUAAAGCAGGCUCUAAAGCAGCAACAGCAGAAGAAGCAGCAGCAGCAGCAGCAAUGCAGGCCAAGCAUGUCCAUCUCCUCAAACCAACAUCUCUCUCUAAAGACCGCCAAAGCAGCCAGUGACUCUGUACCUGCCAAGCCUGCAAUAUGGGAAGGAAAACAGUCUGAUGGGCAGUCAAGCAGCCCCCAGAACUCAAACUCCAGCUUUUCUUCCACAGUUAAAGUGGAAAAUCCUUUGCUUGGCUUGGGAAAGAAGUCAUUCCAGAGAUCUGAGAGACUUCACACAAGGCAAAUGAAAAGGACUAAAUGUGCGGAAAUUGAUGUUGAGACACCAGACUCCAUUCUGGUUAAUACAAAUCUGCGAGCACUGAUCAACAAACAUACCUUUUCAGUCCUUCCUGGAGAUUGCCAACAGAGAUUACUGCUGCUACUUCCCGAGGUGGAUCGACAGGUUGGUGCAGAUGGUUUGAUGAAGUUAAAUGGCUCAGCCCUUAACAAUGAGUUCUUCACUUCAGCAGCCCAGGGCUGGAAGGAAAGACUCUCAGAAGGUGAGUUUACACCUGAGAUGCAGGUGAGAAUUCGGCAAGAGAUUGAGAAGGAAAAGAAAGUAGAGCCAUGGAAAGAGCAAUUCUUUGAAAGCUACUAUGGUCAGAGUUCUGGUCUGAGCCUUGAGGAUUCAAAGAAAUUAAUAGCUUCUACCAGCGAUCCCAAAGUAAAGAAAACCCCAGCUGACCAACCAAAAUCCCUGCUUCCUUCAGAGGCCUCUCCUAUUAGAACAGUUCCAAUAGUUCUCCAGUCAGAGUCUAAAGAAGAAGCAGUGCAGAUACCAUCACCUGUUAAAAAAGAAGAGCAUGAAAGCCAAGAUAAGGCAGAACCAAACUUCUCCAAAUCUACAGAGCCCCUACUUUCCUCGGCUAGCAAUACUCAUGAGCUUAGCACCAUUCUUCCCAUCAAGUGCCCAAAGGAUGAAGAUCUCCUGGAACAGAAACCAGUUGCCUCUGCUGAACAGGAGUCUGAGAAAGAGAAUCACCUCACCUCAGCUUCUAAUUGUGACAAAAAUGAAAGCCAAGAUGCUUUAGUUAUAUCCCCAACCAAACCCAAGAAUCCUGGAGUGGAAAAACCAAUGAUGAAGCCCAUGGUAGAAGCAGGUCCUCAGGAGACCACUGUGACAGAGUCUGUAUCAACUCUUGUUGAUCAGAGCCCAGAAGGCCUCAAGAGGAAAUCUUCUCUCACUCAAGAAGAGCCCCCUGUGAGCUGGGAGAAAAGACCCCGUGUCAUUGAGAAUCGCCAGCACCAUCAGCCAUUUCCAGUCUCGCCACAGCCCUUUCUCAAUAGAGGGGACAGAAUCCAGGUGCGAAAAGUACCACCUCUCAAGAUCCCAGUCUCCAGAAUCUCCCCCAUGCCGUUUCCUACAUCGCAGGUCUCUCCCAGGGCUCGUUUUCCAAUCUCCAUCACUAGUCCUAACAGAACAGGAGCCAGAACCCUUGCAGACAUCAAAGCAAAAGCCCAACUGGUCAAAGCACAGAGGGCUGCAGCCGCAGCCGCUGCCGCCGCCGCUGCAGCCGCCUCAGUUGGAGGGACCAUCCCAGGACCUGGCCCAGGGGGUGGACAAGGUCCAGGAGAGGGUGAUGAAAGGAAGACUGCUAGAGGAGGGAGUCCAGGCUCAGACAGAAGCAAUGAAACUGGAAAGGGCCCCACACUGGACCUGGCAGGAACUGGAAGCAGGGGAGGUACGAGAGAGCUUUUACCCUGUGGUCCGGAGAGUCAGCCCCACUCGGACACCAAGACCGCAGGCCAGGCUCAGCCUCAUAGUGUCUCUGGAGCACAACUACAGCAAACCUCCUCAGUGCCUCCCCCAUCUGCUGGCAGUGGAGCCUGCCCAAGAGCCCCAUCACCAGCACACACUAACUCAUCCCCACCAGCUUUAGAGAAAUCAAAUAAUGAAAAACUGAAUCCCACUAGGGCAAUAGCCACAGUGGCUUCUCUUAGCCACCCACAAGGGUCCAGUAACUGCAGACAGGAGCAAGCACCCUCUGCGUCAGCAGGUCCUGCCCGAAUCUCAGGUGCCUCACCUGUUCAUUUUGCAGCUGAUGGCACAGUUGAGCCCAGAGCAGGUUCUAAUAAGAAUACACCAAACCCUUCAGCCUCAGCAGAGACAAGUGCUAGUUCUCUUGUGGCUGUGACUUCUUCCCCUUUAACAUCUUUAUUGACAACAGCCACUUUAGAAAAGCUUCCUCGAUCCCAGGUCAGUGUAACUAUGGCAUCUACUGGAUUGGUUCCAUCCUCGAGCACUUUGCCAGCAGCUUCAAGCCUUAAAGCCCCAGGAACUUCUUCAAAUAUGAAUGGACCCCUUUCAAGACCAAGCUCUAGUAUCCCUGCUAACAAUCCUUUGGUCACUCAGCUGCUCCAGGGCAAAGAUGUUCCUAUGGAACAAAUUCUGCCUAAACCUCUCACCAAAGUUGAAAUGAAAACUGUUCCACUGACUACAAAAGAGGAAAAAGUGAUGGGAGCACCCACAGGUACCAACACAAAGGAAAGUAACAUGAGAGAAGAAGUCAAUGAGAGGCAGUCCCAUCCAGCUAUACAGCAGCUGAGUAAAACCUUGCAAAAUAAGCAGCUACCCCAGGUUCCAAGAACCCUUCAGCUCUUCACAGCUAAGGAUCUGAGGGACUGUAGCAUCGACACGCACCCAUACCAAGAAGGACUGAGUAAAGCAACCCAAGAUCAGAUCCUUCAGACUCUCAUCAAAAGGGUUCGGAGGCCAAAUGUUCUCUCAGUCUGGCAGCCUUCCCAGUUCAACUUCACUCACUCAGGUUUCCAGUUAGAAGACAUCUCCACAAGCCAGAGGUUCAUGCUGGGUUUUGCUGGCAGAAGGACAUCCAAGCCUGCAAUGUCAGGCCACUACUUACUAAACAUUUCCACCUAUGGCCGGGGUUCAGAGAGCUUUAGAAGGACCCAUUCUGUAAACCCUGAAGAUGGUUUCUGUCUAAGUAGCCCUGCUGUGGCCUUGAAAAUGGGGUAUACAGAUUGUAAAAAAGCAACAGGAGAUAGCAGCAGCAGCAAAGAAGAUGAUACUGAUGAGGAGAGUACUAGUGAUGAACAGGAGUCUGUCCUGGUAAAGGAGGAGCCCCAGGCUUCCCAGAGCUCUGGCAAGUGUGAAGUGAGUUCAGAACCCCACCGCAGAGAGACCUUGCCCACCAGUGAGGGCUUAGCUAACAAGAAUGUGAAGGCAGAGGCACCAGCAAAUGAGCAAACCACUAUAAGUAAGGAGAAUUACCUAUUUGCUAGAGGACAAACAUUUGAUGAAAAGACCCUAGCUAGAGAUUUUAUUCAGGCAGCUCAGAAGCAAAUGGCUCAUGCAGUGAGAGGUAAGACGAUGCAUAGCGGCCCCGAGCUUUUCAGUUCUGCUCUUCCUCUACCUGCAGACAGCCCCACCCAUCAGCCUCUGCUCCUUCCACCACUGCAAACCCCAAAGCUGUAUGGAAGUCCCACACAGAUGGGGCCAAGCUACAGAGGCAUGAUCAAUGUCUCCACCUCAUCUGACCUGGACCAUUCCUCUGCUGUACCAGGUAUGCCUGACUGUAGCCAGGUAGCUAGCAAUGUAGGCGAUGUCAUGUCCUUUUCAGUGACUGUCACUACCAUCCCUGCGAGCCAAGCUAUGAAUCCCAGCAGCCACAGCCAGACUAUUCCCGUUCAGACCUUUCCUGAAGAGAACAGCAUGGAGGACACGCCUUCAAAAUGUUACUGCCGAUUAAAAGCCAUGAUCAUGUGCAAAGGAUGUGGCGCUUUCUGCCAUGAUGAUUGCAUUGGUCCCUCCAAACUGUGUGUCUCCUGCCUGGUUGUUCGGUAGUGAGACCAGAAAAAAAGACGCGGUAGAGGAGGGGGAAGGGAAGAGUGGACAAGAUGUGUUUUGCGUCAUUUUGGAAUCACAGAAAUUAACAAGUAGGUUUCAGUUGUCUUAAGAGGCAAAUGUUACUUAAUCAGGAAUACAGAGUACAGAUCUUUUACAUUUUAGAGGAAGAGCACCUUGUAUAGUAAGUCUAAGUCAAGCAAGACUUUGUGAAUUUGUGACAGGUUUGCACUUACAGAAUCAUGUAAAUAUGUCACAUUUUGUUUUAACAUUUUUCCAAGUGUUUAGGUAAUAAUGUAUUGCUUUGAAUUCAGAUUUAUGUUCCACUUCAGUGACUCAGAAAAGUUUAAUGUCAUACAUGGUGAAAGGGAGCUAUCUCCCUUCUGACUUUUUCCUGAGAGGGUAGGGAAAGGAAAGAGUGAAGGAAAUGGUCUAAAGAAAUGAUCAUCCAUGUUGAUUGUCUUGACAGUCUGGCAGCGGGUUAUUUAUAGAUUAUUGGUCUUUGCAGGAUUUGGAUUCAGGAUUUACUCAGUCCCUUUACCUGAGAUGGAACCUUUUUAAGUGUGAAUUUUUGAUACGGCAUUAAUUUCACAGGUAGUGUUUCAGAUUCUGAAAGCUCUGUCUUGGUUCUUGGCUCCCAUUAACCAGUACUUUUGCCAAGCUCUCUGCUUGCAAUUAGUGGAUCCCUGCUGUUUCUUAAUUCCAGCUCCUUGUCCUGAGAGCAUGAGUGUGGUCUGUAAAAGCUGUGCCUCUCUGGGCCCCAUCGUGUACUGUGGACUGUGCAGCGCAAGUCCAGUGAUAAUUUCCCCACACUUAGUCAGUCAUGGGGGGGUUACAAGCCGGUUUGAAAUACUAGUAUAAAAUUUAACAGAAAAGCGUUAGUGAUGAGAUGAUUUGAACUAUGUGUUUUGUUGGGCAGGGGAAUGAAAGUGCAGAAACUGUUAAGCUGAACAUAAAGAACUUUGAUAAACAAUUUUAAUACUAGAAGCAAGGUAGCCUCUCUUUUCCUCUUGUCUCCCAGCCAGUUACCUAACGUUCUUUAGUCAACUGCACUGCAGGAAGAAAAGACCAUUGGUGCCACAUUUGCCCCUUCUGUUAACCCUGUUUUGGCAUCCCAGGCAUCUGUGGAGAACAGAGUUAUCUUGUUAUAUGUUACUUUAAACAUGCACAGGGUAAAAGGCAAAUUUCCUGUUCUAGAAAAUAUGUCCCCUGUUUUGGAUUACUGCUGUCUGUGCACUAGAAAUUUCUAAUGUAAAAAAGUGUCAGUGUAUGGCUAAGGGCACAUCUAGAAAGAAGAUGAAAUUAGCCCCAAAGUUUUGUUGUUGUUUGUUUGUCUGAUUUUGUUUUUUUUUGUAGUUGUUGUUCCCUCUUUGUUGUUUGGUUUUUAAAUCCUAUCUUUAGUGACUAAAGAAUUUUUUGAGUACAUAAAUUUAGGUCAUGGUUAAAGAACAUUAAAAUAAGUCUGCGGUUGACCAGAAUUUGUUAUUAAAUCGGGGAUUGUUAAUUUGCAUCAUCUGCAUAUUGAUUUCAAAUCUCUUAAUUUCAAGGGUGUAGAGUAAAAAUAUUAGUGUAACCUAGUACAGUUGUAUUUGUACUUAAUAUUCAGGAUAUGAUAUUUAUAAAAUGCAGAACAGUUUAAACAGUUUAAACUUGUUAAAUCACAUUCCAGAUUAGGAGAAAGUAGUCAGUAAUAACCCUUGCUUUGUUCCCAGUCUGCUAACCAUCAACCCCACUUCACCCCAUCCUCUUCCUUUUUCACUCUUAAUGCUUUCCCAUAGUCCCUGCUCCAAACCCCAUAAGAAACUCAGGCCACUAUUUUUCAUUAUUCUUUUUGGCUUUUUUUUUGUGGCCCAAGGCAAAUAUAGGAUUCAUAUCUGUGUUUUGGCCAAGAUAAUAUGAUGUCCUUCCAUCUUCCCUUUUCUUCCAGCACAUACCUGGCUAAAAGAUGUGAAGGCAAGCUCCUGCAAGGAUCCAGGGAUAAGGAAUAAGUUCUCGAGACAAGAACUAGUAGGAAACAGGAACCAUGGUUCUGCUUCCAGACUUUUGGUACCCUGAGUAGUCCAGUGGGCAUUUUAACAGACCUACUGAUGGAUAAAACUCCACUCCAUACCCCAUCUUCUUCACUCUGCACUUUAGUGGCAGGACUGAAGACUGGUCUGCGUGUUGAAAGUGGUUGAGUGUUUCAGGCUUGACCCCCUACUCAAUAACAAUUACCAGUCUGGUUUGAAGAAAGUGAUUUUUCUGCUUCACUCCUUUCCUGGCAUAGAAAGGCUUUCCUCCAUAGCUCUCGUAAUCUGAGGAUGGGCAGACUGUAACCAGGCUAGGAGGAAAGGCAUCAGGGAUUUUCAGGCCCAUUUUGAGAACACACCAGGCUGUGCCUCUUCAUCUUGACCCAGGCUCUCACAGAUAGGUCCUAAACAUUAUUCACCAGAUUCUCUUAACAAAUAAUACUCAACUAAUAAAAUAUUUGUAUUUAGUUUUGCCCCUAAAACAAAAAUCCACCAGGUAGGUACACUGUCUCAAUCUUGACCAAAUGAGAGAACAGUUAGAUUCCCUUAGACUGAUAGUAAGUUUCAUUACUACCCAUCCAGUUUAUCAGUUUGUUCCGAAAUAGUGAUUUCAAGUAGAAAAUCAUUCAUCUUUAGAGCUAAACAAAAAACAUUACAGUCUCGCACUUUGGAAAACAAUUCAGUAGAAGCAAGAAAACCUUCAAGGCAAUUACUAGACUAUAGUAUUCCAGUAUGUUUAAAGCAGUUUUUAUGUUAGGGUUUCCAAGUUGUUUGACCUCUCAGUUAAGUCUCGAAUGUGCUAAGCCUCUUACGGUAUUAAGUUUGCACUGCUUUCAGUGCCUAGUUAGGCAUUUUGCGUGAUGCACAUGCCUCCAGCAUAACCUUUGCUAGCCUUCAGGUACCUUCCACUGCAGGUCACCUGGGGAGGUAGUGUUAACAAUAUAUCAUCUCAGUCUUAUUUAUGAAUAUUCUAAGUCAUCUAGUAGAGAAGGCCCCUUGAACCUUAAGAAUUUUGAUUAAAAUUCUCCAUCCUAUUAAUGAGCAAAUAAAGCCAGAUAAACAGAUAACUUAGAGUCAUUUUGCCCUAUUGAAGCUAUCUGUGGUAUCCCAUGUGACAUUUUUUAAGUAUAAGAGCUGACAAAUGGGAAAUUUUUCUUUGUUGGGGUGGGGAUGGCAGUGGGGAGCAUACUUAUGUGGGCUGGGAAGGCACACAGAUGUAGAUGUUUCAGGACUUAUCUCAGAUUUAAAUAGCCACAGGAAGACCUCAUUGCCUUCCAGAUGAAAGUGUAAAUUCAUAAAUAUUAUUGACCUGACAGUAACCACCCCAAUUGCUUAUUACUGCCUUUCUCUACCUUGGAGACUUGAAAAGAACACUUUGGUAAAAUGAUUUGUUAUAAUGAAGGAGGUCUUCUCUGGUUGUUCAAUCCAUUUAUCUCUGGAAUUCACUGUCAGUGUGCAGUGCCAGGGUUGUUUUCUCUCUGUGACCUAGAGGAGUCACAUCAUAGCAAAGAGGGAAAAGCCUCCCCAUUGCAUAACUGCAAAGUGCUAAGUGAAAAAAACUCGGCUAAGGGUAGUUUUCAGCUCAAUUUAUAGGGUAGUCCAAAGAGACAUUGGGAAACACGAUGAUAGGCAGGGAUCUUUCCUAUCGUGUUUCAAUACCUACUUACCUAUUUAGAGGAAACAGUAGGUGAAACAUUUCCUAAAGUUGAAGAAAUAACUUCAAAGAUUCUUGGUUACUUUAUUUUUUUUAAUGCUUUACAUUUGAUACAACUAUUAAAGAUCAAUUUUAAAAAUAGCUUUCCAGUAAUAUAUUUUAAUUAAUAUAUAUUUUAAUAUCUAUGUAAAAAGUGACAGUGGAAGAUUUUGAAUUUCUUGUAUAUGGUAUGUUAAAUGUAGGACCUCACUGUUAAGGCACAAAUUAUUUCAAAGGAAGUUACUCUAAAGGCACUCAGAUUAUUUCCACAGAAUGCAAUAAGGGGGAAAUAGUUUUAAGGUUUAUCUUUUAUUUAAAAAGAAAAUUGACUUACUUACCACAAGCUAUUUUUUUCCCUUCUGGCUACAAGAUUUGUACAGACUGGUUUGGUAAAUGCUAAACUUUUGUGUCUUUUGCCUUUGGAAUUGAGGGUAUGUACAGAGAAGUUGGUGUCAACACCAUUUAAAAAGUCAUAUUUUUUCACAAAUAAUAUAGAAAAAUCAUUUUACAUAAGAAUUUUAAUUAUUUGCAAUAAAUAUAUGUAUAUAGAUUGUAUGUACUUCAUAUAUUCUUAUUUUUCAUUUUAUUAUUAAGUAAAAGAUAAUUAAAAGUAAAAAUAAAAGCUUUGGAGUUUUUUGGUGAAUCCUGAGAUCUGACAUACAUUUGAGAGUGGCAUGGGUAAGGGCCUUCAGUUGUUGCCUUAUACUACUAUUGGAAGGUCACCACAGAUUGGGAAAAAGUAAAACAAGGAAUUUGCUGAUAAACAAAAAUCAGGGUAGUAUAUUUCUUUCAGAACCCUAGUAAAAAUAUUAUCAACUCUCCUGGUCUCUCUUUGUUUUCUCCCUUGGUCUGUUCUGUCUCCUAACUACCUAUUACUUGGGUUACUGGAAAAGUGAAGAAACAAGGUGCAUUCUAUUUUUUAAUGUGACCCUUGUAUGUUUCUGAAACAAAGAAUGGCAAGAAAAUAUCUCAGGGAAAAAAAUAGGUUUUCCUUUCUCCACGGUGGUCAAUAAUUCAUUAGCAAAUAUUCACUGCCACCACCUUCCAGGCCCUAGGAGUUUGUGAAGAAAUAAAUCUCAUGAACGUAAUAGACACUUUUUUCUAUUUCCUAAUUCUCUGAGAAAGUGAGUUUCAGGGCUAGUUUCAUGUCCUUCCUUACUGAUCUGGAGAAGUAAAAGAGCUGUAAGAGUCUUGCGAAAAGGAACAUGUGUACGUUGAUUAGAUUUCAUUUUAGCAUCACACUUGAAUUUUGAGCUUACUUGUGUUUGGAGGAGCAUUUAUGGAACGGAGGUCUGAGCCAGAUGUAAAAGACUUUAGCCCCACAGUCUCAUACCUAGAUACAUCUAAAUUUUACCUGGAAUCCUGCUGUCCAAUCUGAGAGGCCUCGUUUUUUUGAUUGCAAAGUAAAUACUUGACAUUAGGAUACCACAGAAGAGCAGAGGAAAUGAGACCUAAAGUCUUUGAAACUUGAAGAGUGUAGAUCAUUCUUUAAUGAAGAUUUAUCUAUGACCUGAGAAGAAAUGGGUACAGUCAGAUUCUCAGUGUACUGUAAUUAAGACCCUUGAAGCUGACUUUUCAUUGUAGUUCACUAGUUAGUUCUCCCCAUAAUUGCUCAAAUGUGGUUAUUUUAGCUGAUAAAAAUAGCAUAUAUUGGAAAAUAAUAAUAAGGAUUCUCAGUAUAAUUUUUUUUAAAGACAACCUUAUUUUUCAAAAAUUGAUACUUCAAACAUCAUGGUUGCCCAAAGCAUUGGAAAUAGUUUAGCUGUCCAUGAGAACAACUCACUUGUAAAUCUUUGCUGAAAGUAGGCUACUUCUUAAGUCUCAGGGAACAUCUGCCUCAUAAUUCCCAUGUAUAAUAGGAAUAAAGAUGAAAUGUUUAAAUAUGUGAGAGCUAGUCCACAAUGACAAUUGAUAAAGAUUAAGAUCCCCUAUUUCUAAUACUAUUUAUCUUUAUUUAAAUGGGUCUCCUACCUCAGAAAAAGUAUAAUUUAUAUUCAGGUAAUGACAUGGGAGCUGUUCUACAGUCGAGUAAUAAAGAGCAAUAUACCAGAAAACAGGACAGUUUCAACUUGGAUCCCAAACUUUCCUUUAUUUGCAUCACAGGAUUUUAGGAAUCUUAUGUUCAUUGCUCUUGACCACAACUAACCUUCAAAACCAUUAGAGAUUUAGCAUGAUGUCUGUAGCAGUUUUUAUGCACAAGUCAUAUAAUUCACUAAUUGAGAUAUAUAUUGAGCACCUACUACAUGCUAAGCAUUGCUAAAGUGCUGGAUGCAUAAGGGUAAGCAAAAACAGUCAAAUGACAAAAGGUCUUCCUAAAAUCAUAUAGCAUGUGUCUAGUUCAGGGCUAAAGGAGUAAUAUAGAAUGCUACAUACUUCUCAAAACAUGCUGGAAGUUAAAGAAUAAAUGGAUUAUUACAGAAAAGUAUUUGAGCCACUGGAUGAGACACAUUUGUGAAACAUGAAGAAAAGAAGGCAUUACCUUUAGCUGAAAGAACUGGCAAUUUGGAAAUGAUUGACCGUGAGGAAUCAUGUUAAUAAAAUUUGCCAUUUUUGAGAACUAUUGAUGAGAUAUCUAGAUAAAUUAAUAGAAAUUUCAAGAAAUCUCUGAAUAAUACCUAAAUUGAAGAGAGAAUCUGGCCAAAAGCAAUCCCUGCCAGUUAAUUCGGGUCAGUAUAUCAAUAAAGAUGCUUUAUCGUCUGCUAACCCUUUAAACCCUUUAAAACAAACAAUUGGUAAAUAAGGCAGCCUGACUGGUCAGAAGAAAGUGUAUCCCUUCAUUUCAAAUUGUUAAAGAGAUGCUAUGUCCCUGUUUUUUUCUUUUUAAUAGAAUUGCUUUGUUUUUACUUUUGUAUUCUAAUAUUACAUUCUAGAAGUGGCCUUUUUUGUAUCUCUUAAGUCACAGAACUUGAGUUUUCAGCAGGAUCCUAGCCCUUUUCAUUUCAGUGGCCCAAAUCUUAAUUCUUACUUUAAGACUUUGUGGUAAUAAGACUUUAAAAUGAUAUAUCAUUGUAUUAUGUCAGUGCUUAUUCCUGAAUUUUCCUUAACACUUAUCUUUAACCUGGUUUAUUGGAUUUGCAACUCAAAUUCUGUUUGCUAUUACGUCCUUUUUCACCUCUCAGUCGGAGGUAUUAGGUAUUCCUAAUACUUGGUGACCUUUAACAGAAGACUGGGUCUCUUUUACAGAUACUAUAUAGGCUAAGGAAUACUUCUGUAUUUCCAUGUAGCUAUCAGCCUUAAUCUAAAAAGGGAAUCCUAGGAAGAUUUCUUUCUAACAGGAAGAACAGACUGAACCUGGAAGAGACAGCCAACAGUGAUCUGCUUUGGAGACGGGCUGUGGCUAAAUAAUGGGUUCUCCAGAAGAAUAACUUGAAACUUUUAUUUUCUUGGUUCUUCAAACCUAAAAGAAGCUAAAGGAAAUAGAAAGGCAUAUCAUGAUUUUUGUCUUAAUUGUAAAAUCUAGAGAAUGACUUGGGGAGAAGAAAAGUAAACUCAGUAUUUAUUGAUUUUAAAAUAGAUUUAAGUAAACUUUGAAAUAAGUAAUGUAUUGCUCAGAAUAUUUUUUAAAAAUAUCUUGGAGUCACAUACAAGAUGAAGUUAAAUUGCCAUUAGUGGAACAUGGAAUUUGAUUUGAGACAAAUUCUUUGAGGCUAACAAAUGGUUUUCUAUUGGACUAUCAAGUAGCAGCUUUUGUAGAUGAUCAGGAUUUAGGGUUGUAUAUUCUGGAGUGAAGUGGACCUUGGCUUCAUAAACUCUAUAUUUAGCCAACUUUCAUCAACAUUUAAUACAUUUAAUUUUACUAGGUUUAUUCUGGGAUCUUAAUUUUAAAUAUUUAAAAUUAAAAUCAGCCAAUCUUUUUAUCAAAAUAUCUGACGGUAGUUUAGAACUAUUAUUGUUUUUACACACAGUCUAUGUCCUUUCUUUUGAAAGUAUGGUACAUAACAUUUCAUGUGUCUUGGAUCAGUUCUUUUAAAAACCAGAGUUUAAUGUUUUCAGAUACCUAGAGCUUGGAAAUGAUGGAGUUGGACUUUGACUCUGUGUUAGCGAUUCUUUUCAUUUUAGGUUUUUAGGCAACAGCCAUUUGGAGACUUAAAUAGUGAGUCCACCAGAAACAUAUAUGUAAUCAUUUGCACAAGCUUUAAAUUAGUCUCUUCCAGAGUCUCAGACUUGGUUUCCCUUUUGAUAGAUGAGGAGAUAAAUUCUGAGCUGGAAAGGACCUGAUAAUUUGUUCUCUGUUAUUAAAGUGCUGAUUGAAGAGCAAGUUUGUUCUUAGAGAAUUCAUGAAAUUUCUAGAAUUUAUGAAAGAUUGUACAUGACAAGUGAAACUCUAAGGAUUAAAAACUUUUCUCUUAGCUAUAAUACUUAGACCUAUCUUUUAAAAUUCCACCUAAUUCUGUAACUCCCUACAUCACACCAGCACCAAGAUAAAUCAAAAUGAAAGAAAUGGUCUUGUUCUCUUUAAAUUCUCUGUGCUUGUAGGCCUUAAUGCUUUCAAAGAUAAAACUUUGGCUUUUUGUUCCUUCUCACAACUGUCUUCAUUCCUCUUAUUUUUAAACUGUUCCUUUUAUUGGUCGUAUAAAACUACCUUCAGAAUUGAAUGUAUGAUGAUUCUGCACAUGGACAGACUUUUAUUUUAUCUUAAUGACUCAUUUUAUGUUGAAUAAAGGCAUACAGUUUUACUCAA